CAUUGCUCAGAUAUACAGGACGGGACCUUUAGCAUUGAUAGGUAAAUAAUAACUUAAGUAAAAAUACUAAAACUACAAAUCAUAUUUGAAAUAAUUAAUCUGUGACACAGAUUCAAUUGGUAUCAUAUUAAUCUGUGUUAAAUUCUGUCAUAUUGUGAAAUUGUGAAUUAUUGUGAUCCUGAAAAGUAAAAUGGACGUAAUGGAGGAAGCGAUUAAAUUUAAGCCCAAAAAGAAGAAAAAUUUACGACAAAGAGUGAAACUAGAAGAUGAAGAAUCUGAGGAGGAAGAGUUUAUUUUAGCUAGAUUGGAAGAAGCGAAGGAGAUCCAGAAACUUCGAGAAAGGCCGAAUGGUAUUAGUGUUGUUGCUUUAGCGACUGGACAGAAACCUUCUUUGGUGGAAGAAGGGUCGUGUAAGGACCCAUAUAAUGUUAAAGCUGGGGGCAUGGUAAAUAUGCAGGCUUUGAAGAGUGGUAAAGUGAAACAAGUAGAGGAUGCCUAUGACACGGGAAUUGGUACCCAGUUUUCUGCUGAAACUAAUAAACGGGAUGAAGAUGAAGAAAUGAUGAAGUACAUAGAGGAACAGCUAGCGAAACGAAAAGAGGGGCACGAUCAUGAUAAAAAGGAUUGUGAUGACAGUGACACACUAAAAUAUUUUCCACCUGAGGAAGCUGCAUUACUGUCCCUACCUGAACACUUACGAGUAUCUUCUACCCAUAGAUCUGAAGAAAUGCUUUCUAAUCAAAUGCUUAGUGGAAUUCCGGAGGUGGAUCUUGGUAUUGAUGCCAAAAUUAAGAACAUAGAAGCUACAGAGGAAGCCAAAAUGAAGUUGUUGUGGGAAAGGCACAAUAAAAAAGAUGGGCCUUCCCAAUUCGUACCUACAAAUAUGGCAGUAAAUUUUGUACAGCACAAUAGAUUUAAUUUGGACAGUGUUAAUUCUAAAAAGAGAAAAGUUGAAAAACCAGAAAUUACAAAGACAGCAGCGAAUGUAAUAGAUGAUAGUGUUAAUAAAAUAGUUAAAAAAGCAAAGGGUGAACGGGCUACAGAUGACUAUCACUAUGAAAAGUUUAGGAAACAGUUCAGGCGCUACUAAAGGGAAAAUUAUGUGUCAAAAAUGGUUACACUUUACCAGCCAUGUAGCAACACAAGGGUAUUUUUUAUGAAAAUGAAAAGCAUUUGUAAUUUAUAUUUCAUAUCCGAUAAUUGGCGUCCUUUAUUUAAACUGUAGUUAGAAAAUAUCACAUUCCCGCCCCGCUGGUGAAUUACAGAGAUCAGUCUGUAGAUUUCGUACUUACCUUUUUUUUUAAUAGUCAAUUCUAUCAAUAAAAACACCUAUCACACACACUUUUUCGUUUAAGUUAUGCUUUAAUAAAUAAUUAAGUUAUAUGGUAAAA